UUUAUUACAUUAAUCAAUACAUAUCGUAUUUACUCAUGGUUAAUUAUUUUUCAGCAUUUUAUUCAUGAGAGAAUUGAUGCUGAGCCCUUUUUUGUUCGCUUAAUUAUCGAAUCUUUUUUCUCUAUCCGGAGCGUACACAAUCUUCGUCCAGGAUGUUUACCAUUUAAACACGAUCCAGUUAAAAAACAUGAACUCUACAUGAAGGAAUGGGCAAAGCAUCCUAUUCCUGGAGAAAAUAAGCGUUUAUCUUUACGUUGGGCCAUCCGAGAAUUCAUGCUACACCAAAGUUUUCCAGCUGUAACUCCUGCAGAUCUGGCUCGAAAACGCGAACCUAAUUGUGAAUGGAUUCCUCAAAGAUAUUUAUGA